CGCACUGUUUAAUUUUUCGGACUUGGUUUGUUACACAACUGCAUCUUUCUUCAUUCUGGCUACAACUCUUCGCCGGCGUUUUACUCUAACACAAUUUUAACUUUGUUUUUAAAAAGUAGGAUCGUUGGAAAUGAGUGGGGACAAUGCCCACAACGAUUCCCAGAUCGAUUCUGGAUCUAGGUAUAAUGAUUCUCACAAACACAAAGAUAAGUAUAAGGACAAAGAACACAAACACAAGGACCAUAAGAAGGACAAGGAGCGUGAGAAAUCAAAGCACAGCAACAGCGAGCAUAAGGACUUCUCAGACAAGAAACACAGAGACAAAGACAAGCUGAAGCACAAAGAUGGCUCCUCCGACAAACCGCGAGACAAAGACAAAUACAAGGACAAAGAAAAGAGGAAGGAGGAGAAGAAGUCCUUGGAAGGCAAAAUCAAGAAGGAAAAUGGCUUUGCCAGUCCUCCACGUAUAAAAUCCGAACCAGACGGUGAGGACUUCUACCACUCUCCCAAGUCCCUGAAGCGUGAACGUGACGAAGAUGACUCUGAAUACAAGCCCAAAAAAAUCAAAGUAGAGAAUGAUCGCGAGGACAAAAAGGCAAAGAAGAGGAAACAAGGGGACGACGAGGACAUCAAGCCCAAAAAGAAGACCAAAGACAAGAAGGGAGUUGUUGCCGAUGGGAAGAAGAAAGGGAAGAAAGAACCGGAGGAGAAGUGGAAAUGGUGGGAGGAGGAGAGGUACACAGAUGGCUCCAAGUGGAAGUUUCUGGAACACAAAGGGCCGGUGUUUGCGCCUCCUUACGAGCCUCUCCCCAGCAACGUCAAGUUCUAUUAUGAUGGCAAAACUAUGAAGCUCAGUCCUGGCGCCGAGGAAGUGGCCACCUUCUUUGCUAAAAUGCUGGAACACGAUUACACCACCAAGGACAUCUUCCGGAAAAACUUUUUCAAAGACUGGAGAAAGGAAAUGACAUCAGAGGAGAAGGCCAAGAUCUCAGAUCUGAACAAGUGCAACUUCACAGAAUUGAAUGAGUACUUCAAGGCUCAGUCGGAAGCCAGAAAGCAAAUGACUAAAGAGGAGAAACAGAAAAUCAAAGAGGAGAACGAGCGCCUCCUGCAGGAGUACGGCUUCUGCAUCAUGGACAACCACCGGGAGCGCAUCGCCAACUUCCGCAUCGAGCCACCGGGACUCUUCCGCGGUCGUGGCGACCACCCCAAGAUGGGCAUGCUGAAGCGCCGUAUCCGGCCUGAGGAUAUCAUAAUCAACUGCAGCAAAGAUUCCAAGCACCCCAAGCCGCCCCCUGGCACCAAGUGGAAGGAGCUUCGCCACGACAACAAAGUGACCUGGCUCGUGUCGUGGACUGAGAACAUCCAGGGGUCCAUCAAGUACAUCAUGCUCAAUCCCAGCUCGAGAAUCAAGGGCGAGAAAGAUUGGCAGAAGUACGAGACGGCCCGGCGGUUAAAAAAGUGUGUGGACCGGCUCCGGGCCCAGUACCGGGAGGACUGGAAGUCCAAAGAGAUGAGGAUUCGGCAGCGAGCUGUAGCACUCUACUUCAUCGACAAGUUGGCUCUGAGAGCUGGUAACGAGAAGGAGGAGGGAGAGACUGCUGACACUGUGGGCUGCUGCUCGCUCCGGGUGGAGCACAUCAACCUCUACCCCGAGAAGGAUGGCCAGGAGUUCGUGGUGGAGUUCGACUUCCUGGGAAAAGAUUCCAUCCGCUACUACAACAAGGUUCCUGUGGAGAAGCGGGUUUUCAAGAACCUUCAGCUGUUUAUGGAGAACAAGCAGCCAGAAGAUGACCUGUUUGACCGCCUUAACACCUCCAUUUUGAACAAGCACCUCCAGGAGCUAAUGGACGGCCUGACGGCAAAAGUGUUCCGUACCUACAACGCCUCCAUCACCCUCCAGCAGCAGCUCAAAGAGCUGACGACUCCCGACGAGAACGUCCCUGCCAAGAUCCUCUCCUACAAUCGCGCCAACCGGGCUGUAGCCAUCCUGUGCAACCACCAGAGGGCGCCUCCAAAAACCUUUGAGAAGUCCAUGCAGAACCUGCAGACCAAGAUCGAUGCUAAGAAGGACCAGCUUGCCGACGCGAAGCGAGAGCUGAAGAGUGCCAAGGCGGACGCCAAAGUACGGAGGGACGAGAAGGCCAAGAAGGCUGUGGAGACCAAGAAGAAGGCGGUGCAGAGGAUAGAGGAGCAGCUGAUGAAGCUGGAGGUGCAGGCCACCGACCGCGAGGAGAACAAGCAGAUCGCCCUCGGCACCUCCAAGCUCAACUAUCUUGACCCACGCAUCUCCAUCGCCUGGUGCAAGAAAUGGGGCAUUCCUGUUGAAAAGAUCUACAACAAAACUCAACGAGAGAAGUUUGCCUGGGCUAUCGACAUGGCUGAGGAGGACUAUGAGUUUUAAAAAGCCUGCUUUGCGGUUUAAUUUUUUAUGGUUUCAUGUGUAUUAUUUCCUCCCUUUUUUUUGUUUUUAAAAUGCCUUUCUAGCUGAAGUGAUUUCAACAGGUGCCCAUACCUGUUGCAGAAAAGAGUAUUGAGUGUGAUUAGAUGACUUGUUGAAACGUUAAAAUAUGAAAAAAGAAAAGUGAAUAUAGAGGAAGGCCACUGUGUGUGUGGGGGA